AUGUCACAGAUUGUUUCACCAGUGCAGACUUCGGAACUGGUCUCCUCAAACAACCGGGAUCGUGUCCCCAAACGACCUGGAACGACUCCUACAACUUCGACUCGAUUCAUCUCCAAUUCAUCUCCGCCGCCUCUAAGGUCGCUCCUCAUCAUUCUAUUCAUCACCCAUAUAACCAACAGCUUUGAUUGCUCAAGAUUAUGGACAUGUCUAAUCAAAAACAACCCCCUAGGACUGGAAAACUUGUAUCGCUUCAAUCUAAAGCAAUCAAUCACUAGCGAUCUAACCCCCUCAAAACGACCGUCAAUGACUUAUGCUUCUGCUGUUUCUGGUAUCAAGCAACCAUUAGAUUGUCCAAGCGAUCGCCUCAAAGGUGAUUUGAAUCCAUUUGCCACUACCUAA